GGUGCAUGCAGUACACCCUGCACGCGCUGCCGUUCACAUGUCCACGCUCCACAGGUCCAUAAAUCCACGACAGCCAGUUCGUCCAGUCGUCGCAAGCAGCAGAAGUCUCCAAAAUGCACCGCUUCUUCCUCCUCGUUUCUGCACUCGUAGCCAUAGCCACCACCACGCUUUCCGCCGACACCACCUCCACCAUUGCCGCUGCCCAGAGCCAGAGGUCAUGGGCUGAGCUCAGCGGGCGGGACAACUGGGACGGCCUCCUGGACCCGCUCGACGCCGACCUCCGCCGCGCCGUCAUCCGGUACGGCGAGCUGGCGCAGGCGACGUCGGACGCGUUCAUCGGCGACCCGGCGUCGCCGUACGCGGGCGCGUCGCGGUACGCGCCCGGCGCGUUCCUCCACAGGACGCAGGCGCCCGGCGGGUCCGACCCGGACGCGUACGCCGUCACGAGGUUCCUCUACGCGACGUCGAGCGCGCGCGUCCCCGUCCCCGACACGUUCAUCACGCGCCCGGCGCCGCCGGGGGCGUGGAGCGCCGAGUCCAACUGGAUGGGGUACGUCGCCGUGGCCACGGACGCCGGCGCCGCCAGGCUGGGGAGGCGGGACAUCGUGGUGGCGUGGCGCGGGACCAAGCGCGCCGUGGAGUGGGCCGACGACCUGGACAUCACGCUGGUGCCGGCGACGGGCGUCGUCGGGCCGGGGCCAGGGUGGUCGCAGCCGGCGGUGCACCGGGGUUUCUUGUCCGUCUACGCGUCGAGGAAUUCCACGUCGCGGUUCAACAAACAAAGCGCGAGAGAGCAGGUGUUGAGUGAGGUUAGACGGCUGCUGGACGCGUAUAAGGGCGAGAACUGCAGCAUCACGCUAACCGGGCACAGCCUCGGCGCGGCGCUCGCCACGCUCACCGCCAUCGACAUCGUCGCCAACGGCCUCAACGUCCGGGGGGGCUCCAACUCCAACGACACGGUCCCCGUCGCGGCCAUCGUCUUCGGCAGCCCGCGCGUGGGCGACGACCAGUUCAAGAAGGCGUUCGAGUCGCCGUCGACGCCCGGCGGCGGCGCCCGGCUGCUCCGCGUCCGGAACGCGCCGGACAUCGUGCCGACCAUCCUGCCGGCCGCGUUCUACAGGGACGUAGGCGUGGAGCUGCUGCUGGACACGCGCAAGUCGCCGCACCUCAAGAGGCCCGGGCCGGGCCCCGCGGCGUGGCACAACCUCGAGUGCUACCUGCACGGCGUCGCGGGCACGCAGGGCGCGGGGGACGGCGCCGGGUUCCGGCUGGAGGUGGACCGCGAUGUGGCGCUGGUGAACAAGGAGGUGGACGCGCUCAGCGACGAGUACCCCGUGCCGGCGGCGUGGUGGGUGGAGGGGAACAAGGGCAUGACGAGGGACAAGAGCGGGCGAUGGGUUCUGCAGGAUCAUGAGGAGGGUAAUCUCGCCAUGUGAGAUGAUUUUUUUUUUGGGGGGUAGCAAAUAAGAAUUUUCUUCGACUAUGUUCGCUGUUCUAAAAAGUCAUGAUUUGUGAGAGAAAAACAUUGCUGGCUGGUAGAAAAAGUAUGGCUGGUAAAAGAAGCGAAUGGGUUCAUGUCGCAUGGAUAGUUAAAGGAUCAAUGAUAAUCUCGCGAAUAUUUCAGCAAA